AUGAAGAGGGAGCCCCGCACCUCGGUGGGAGCAGAGAGGUCUGGCCGAUCCACCAUCGUGCUCCUGGAUCGGCCACCCCUGGCCCUGGUUGCGGUUUCCAACCAGGGGGAGCCUGCGCCGGUGCUCAGGAUGCAGCUCUCUCUGCUGCACGCCCAGCUGGAAAGCGUGCUCACACGCAGCGCACUGGGCGUGCUCUUCAGGAAGGCCCCCUCCUACGACCUGCGCCGCUUGCUAGGCGGCACGGAGAAGAUGCUGGACGCCCUGGUGUGCAGCUGGGCCCGCAGCCCGGCAGCCCUGCUGGGCGCCUACCCCUCCCUGGCCCUGCCCCAGCCGAGGCGGCGUGUGCUUGCCACCCACCUGGACAUCGCGCUCGGGUGGGAGGUCCUGCUGCUGCUCAACAUCGUGGGCGUGCUGGGGGACGAGGAGGCCCUGACCCCGGUGUGCCUCCCCCACGCCGACCCCACCGCCCUCCUGCACGCCUACGUCCGGCGCCUGGGCGGCGAGGGAUCCACCGCGGGGGCCCUGGGCGGGGGCCCGCCGGGGACGACGCCGCUCCUGCACUACGCCUACCGCCUGACGGGCGGGGCGCAGUUCGUGGCCUCGCCGCCGGUCGGCGACGGCAGGCUGCAGCAGGCCAUCGUGCUGGCGUACAGCCAGGUUCGGGCCGCGGCGUACGACCGCGGGUCGGAGGCGGAGGGGCCGCUGUGCGGUGUGCGCAUGGAGCGGCGCCCGGGCCUGGCCCUGGCCGCGGUGCUGGGAAAGGAGGGCGAGCUCCUGGCGGCGUACGACGCGCUGUCGAAGUGCGAGGAGGUGGCCGCGCACUGCGCGCGCCUGGCCGCCUGGCUGCGGGCCCAGCACGCCUCUUGGUUCUCGUGA